UAGAAUCAGUCUGUUGUAGUCUACUCAAGUGGCAACAUGAAUUGGUGCUUUAUAAUUACAUUUCUAUUGUUUGGUAUCCUCAAGGAUACUCGGGCAGUUCCGCUAACUCGUCUGGAAACGGAUCCCGAACUGACUGCGGGCUUUUUUCAAGGAGAUAUGAUAAUCCAACCACAACAAAGAAACGGUCUUCAAAGUGAAAAAUAUCGUUGGCCUGAUCGGAUUGUGUUUUACCGAAUUAGUAGUGAUAUUGAUCGGGAACAUCGCAAUCACAUACUACUCGGCAUCCGUCACAUCGAGCUAAAAUCCUGUCUGGUCUUCAAGGAGGCAUCUGAAGAUCAAGCCCACUAUGUGAACAUCACCUCACAGCCAGGCGGUUGUUACACAGCUGUCGGUUUUCUCAACAAAGUACAGCUGCUCAACUUGGAGACUUAUCCCCUGGACACGGGUUGUUAUCGCCUCGGCACCAUUAUCCAUGAGUUCCUUCAUGCACUGGGGUUCUUCCAUCAGCAGAGCACCUUCAAUAGGGAUGAACACGUGCGAAUUGCCACGGAGAACAUUCUCGAGGGAAAGGAGCAUAAUUUCGAGAAAUAUGCGGAGAAUAUGGUCGAUAAUUUUGAUCAGGAUUAUGACUAUGCCAGCAUUAUGCACUAUACACCAUAUGGCUUUUCGAAGAAUGGAGAAAUGACCAUUGUGCCCUUUGAGGAGGGUGCCGAGAAAGUCAUGGGACAGCGACUGCAACUAACUAAAAAGGAUAUCAACAAAUUGAAUACUAUGUACAAGUGUCCGAUACACGUUUAAUACAAAAGAAGGCAACAUCGAUUAGUAGUCGGAACUUUGCCUUAGUAGGUAGUUUCUUUUCCAGAUAAGAUAUUACUUAUUUUACCCUCUUUCCGCUUCAAGUUUUAAAACAA